GCGCAAUGAUGAAACACCUCAUCCCGCGGUUCCUUGAAAAGAGCCUUACGGAUCUAUUGCUCUUCGUUAAAAGAAUCGUUAAGACAUUUGGAAUAAGAUUUAGAGCACAGCGGAUUGAUUGUCCGAAACGAUGGAAAUAAUCGAAGAAACCCUGAAGCGAACGGGCUACCUGUUUUAUAUCAUGGACCCCCGCAAACAUAAUUACGAAAAAAUUGAUGAUGUUAGAGAUUAUUAUAAGGAUGUUGUGCCGCUCUUUAUGAUAACUACCCUUCUCGAACAAGUCAUUCGCUUUUGCCAAAAGAAGCCUGUUUUCAGAGUCAACGAUACAAUGUCUAAUGUUUUUAAUGGGUUUCUUAUGGACCUCUCCAAAAUUCCAUUCAAGGGAGCUGAAGUAAUCGUAUAUGCAUGGAUUUACAAAAAUUAUAGAUUAAUAGACCUACCAUGGGAAUCUCCGUGGACUUGGGUAUUUUGUUGGUUUGCCACGGACUUCGGUUAUUACUGGAUGCAUCGCAUGAUUCAUCAGAUUAAUAUUCUGUGGGCCAUACAUGAAACGCAUCACACACCUGAGGACAUGAUGUUUACUUCGCCCAUGAGAAACCACAUCUUCUUACUUCCCAUUCACUGGAUUACGUACAUGCCGAUGGCAUUUGCGAUUCCUCCAACAACCUACCUCGUUCAUUACCAAAUUAGUAUUAUUUACCAGUACUGGCUCCACUCUGAAAUCGUCGAUAAAUUGCCCGCACCCUUAGAGUAUGUACUUAGUACUCCUAGUCACCACAGAGCGCAUCAUGGUCGUAAUAGACGUUAUAUAGACAAAAACUUCGGAGGUUUUCUUAUAAUAUGGGACCGCAUAUUUGGAACGUUUGAGGCUGAAGAUCCCGAAGAAAAACCACUCUAUGGUUGUACAACCCAGAUGAAAUCAUUCAAUCCUUUGAUAAUUCAGACCAGACAUUUCAUACAUAUAUGGAAAAAAUUCAAUGAGUACGAGAAAUGGACUGAUAAGCUGUCUGUGAUAUUCAAAGGCCCAGGAUGGUCACCGGGUAAACCAUGGGUCGGAAACAUUGAAGACAUUCCUCACCCUGCGCCUCAUUUCGACAAGUAUGAUCCCCAAAUGCCGUUGUUGUAUAAAUUAUACACAAUGCUCCACUUCGUAUUCAUCCUCACAACCUACAUGAUGAUGGCUCUCAAUAUGUCGAUAAUAUCGAAAGUGGCAAUAAGUGCAAUAGCAACCUUCAUAUGUAUUGGCUGCAUUUCGUUAGGAUUCAUGCUUGAUAACAGCCAAUAUGGACCACCACUUGAAUUUGGGAGAUGCAUUCUUUAUUUCUUGUUUGACAGAAUAGUGUUCCCGGAAAUCAAGAAAUUCGGAAUAGCUGUCAUACUAGUAGUAUACGCAAACAGAAUAUUCAUGACAGCUUCUAUCUCUAUGUGGAUCAGUUUAUAUUUAGCUGAAAAUUUGAGAAGAAUCUACAAGGAAAAACAAUUAUGAAAACUGAACUGAAGCAUUCAGCUUUAUUUCUAAAUGAUAGUUGAAAGUUCUGAAAGACCAAAGUGGUACACAAAUGCGUAUGAUAUCUAUAAAUCAUUAAAAUAAUGGUUGGAAACAUACUUUUGUGCAUAAAAUAUAAAAUUCAAUCGGCGA